CGCAAUGUUUCACCAUUCCGGUGGUGGAAACAGUAAAAACACAAGCAUGGCAGGACCGACUGGCAGAACGGUGGUUUUCGUGACUGGGAACGUGAAAAAAUUGGAAGAGGUUGUUCAGAUCCUUGGUGACAGAUUUCCCUACAAACUCAUUUCCAAGAAGAUUGACUUGCCUGAAUAUCAGGGGGAACCAGAUGAAAUUUCCAUACAGAAAUGUCAAGAAGCAGCGAGGCAGGUGGAUGGGCCAGUGCUGGUAGAAGACACCUGUCUGUGUUUCAAGGCAUUAGGAGGACUACCAGGGCCUUACAUAAAAUGGUUCCUGGAUAAACUGAAGCCAGAGGGACUGUAUAAAUUGCUGGCAGGUUUUGAGGAUAAAUCAGCCUGGGCACUGUGUACAUUUGCAUUCUGUGCUGGAAAAGAGGAGCCAGUCCAGCUGUUCAGAGGAAUUACUGAGGGCCGUAUUGUUGAGCCCAGGGGCCCGAGGGAUUUCGGGUGGGAUCCCUGUUUUCAGCCUGAUGGGUAUGAGAAAACGUAUGCUGAGCUCCCUAAAGAAGUGAAGAAUAGCAUCUCCCAUCGGUACCGUGCACUGGCCGCCUUGUCAGAACACUUUUCCCAGCUUAACGAUGCACCAGAGACCAACUGCACAAAGCACGAGACUGAGUAGUUCUUUUUCAAGCCGAUUCGACCAAUCAGAAUUCAUUUUGGCUCGUCAACAUGAAAUAGUCCAAAGAAUGAAUAGUUCAAUUAGCUGGUUGUACUUCAUCCUCCAUGCAUUUGAAUGAAAUUAUUUGUUGAUGAAAAUCACUAUCUACUGAUAUCUUCCUGUUCUCUUUAUUUUUAUUUAAAAAUUAUUUUAAUUGGCAUAUUAGCUAAAGGGGUCUCAUUACAUGACGAUGUGACAUUACAUGCUCUAUAACUUGGUUAGCUGGUGUACAACCCUUUGCCUAAAUGGGUUAAUUAGUUACUUGAUUGGUUGUAGUCAUCUAUUGUAGAUAACGUUACACUUGUGAACGCACCCUGUGGCUGUGGUGUGCAGGUGUCUUGUGUGUGCAUGUUCAUCGCUAUAGUUUGAAAAUCAAAUUGUUCACAAAAGUGAGCUAAACCAGGCUUAACCUCACUUUGGGGACAUUCAGGAUGUUCAUAAUUGGAAAAUCCAUUCAUAAAUAAAACCAAAAUAAAACAAAAUUCUAUAAUAGCAAAAAAA